CUAGAGCACCGUUACUUCGGUCGGGCCAGUUGCAGCCGUCGUUGUCUUCGUCCUCAGCGCGCCGCCGCUGAUUCUUUCUUCGCGUCGAGCGGAGGGCCUUCUCGAAAGACGAACGGGAAGCUCGGGAGGACGCCGGGCCGCCAUCUGAGGACCAAGAACUCGGGCCGAAAGCGCAGACAACAGGCCAAGCAGGGUGGCAUGAUGGGCGUCACUCAGCUUCUUUUGGUGGGCGCCUGCUGCCUCCUGGUGAAGGAGGCCCUGGGGCUGCCCACCACAAUGGGUGGCACAGCGGGAAGCCACGCUCAGCACCACGACGCUCACGGACAGCAGCAGCAGCAACAGCAGGAACCAUCGGACGCCGACAAGCGUUCCCAGGAGGACAUCAUGUUCGGAAACCAGCAAAACAAACCUGCAGGAAUGGUUGACGAUCUGAUCGUGUUUCCCGAAAGAAAGUCUUCCUCUGCGCAUGCCAACAAGGAAGGUUCAGGGACCAAGCCGGACAAGAACACCACGCACCAACAGCAAGCUCAAGAAAAAGCAGGUGGCCACACCGCUUCGGGAGGAGAUACGUCGUCGGGUGGUGCCCCAGAGGACGAGGCGCCCGAGCAGGCUCCGCCGGGCGCCGCUGACAUGGAGCAGCAGCAGUCGGCAGGCGACCUGAUGGGCUCACCGGCAGGUCUGCAGACCGGCAAGUUCGACUACUACGACUACUCGGACGACGCGGGUGUCUCGUCAGCGGCCGCCACCGCCGCCACCGACAGCGCGGAGAGGGCACCCACGCCGCAGGACAACGGCGGUGAGCUGGAUUACUCGCUAUACGACUACGGCGACGUCGGUGUGGGCGGCAUGGGCUCUGGCGUGUUCCGCCGCAAGCGGAACCUGCGAAACAGCCUGGAGGAAUUGCUGCGCAACCGCCGGAUUCACCGACGAGCGCUGCGGCUCAAACGAGACGCCAACAUGGACGACUUGCUUCUCUUCCUCACCCAGAUGGCCAAGCAGGAGCCGUACCCACUGUUCGCUGAACAAGAGGUGCCCCAAGUGUCUCGCAUCACACUCAAUCCACCUGAGCCGGAGAGUCCUUUGGAGCAGUACCUGAACGAGCUCGGGACAAUGAACAACGAAGAACGCGCGCGGGCUUUGGUGGCACUGGCUGCUCUGGCAGAUCAGGAACAACUUCUACCGGCACCCAUGACAGGACGACCCGUCUUCGAGGAACAGCAGGCAGAACCACUGCCGGACUGGUUCCAGGUGAAUCGGCGUUCGCGAGGCUCCUUCUACCCUCAGGACUACCGGUACCUUGUGAUGCCUCCAACGCCUCAAAAGCGCAACGUAGGCGCCGACCACUGGGGCCGCGUGCUCAGGCAGCGCCGCCGACAGCAGCGAUCGCAGGACCAGGCUGACGUCAACAGGCUAUAUGCACUGGCUGGACUGAUGGCUCAACCGGACCAGGAAGACCUUUGGCGCGAGCCGUAGAGUCACCAGGCGGCCCAAGGCUAACCUUGCCGAAAACAGACCGGAGCUGAAUUGUAGUGCUGUGGUUUUCCAACGUUACCAGUGCAAGUUGUCAAUACGGAGCAAAUGCUCACUAUUGCUUGCGUGGGGAGGCCACGUGCCUGCAUGCAGAACACAAAGGAAUGCUCUCGCGUACGUUUGAUGCUAAAAAUGCUCGCCAGCACCUUCGGAUGUCGACAUUUUACUUCACAAUGACGCAUAAGGGGGUGUCGAGUUCUAGCCACAAUCCUUUCCUUCAAACAGUGCUCCUUGUUGGCAGAUUAAGCGCAAAUUAUGGAGUGUAAGAAAUUAGGUGAGGUCGCCUAAGAAUGAAUAUUGUGACGUACCAUAGCAAUCGGAAGCUUGGUUCGUACUUCAAUUGUCUAGGGCGAACGCCUCCACAUUUUCCGUCACUGUAAUUCCUCACAUUGCAGACAAUGAAAGAUAAAUUGUUAUCAGCGUUGUCAAUUGCAGUUAGUUCAAAACUGCAAAAAAAGAGGGCAAAUUGGUUUUCGAGCAGAUUGGAUUUGUUGUGGAAAGAAGGCUGAAAUUUUGAAGAGAGAAACCUUGUGAUAUACUUUGCAAAAUAUUGCAUACUUUUUAAAGGAUGUCGAUCUUACCGCUGACAGUUGUCGAAACAAUCUUGGUGCGUGUCUAAACAUGCACGUACGUUGGAAUCUUCAACACAGCUGUAAAAAGAAGCUGUACACUUUUCGUCGGCAGCUGCAACGAAGGCGUCUUCGUCAGGUAACGAUCUCGUUUGCGUCAUCAUGCAACGGUGAGUAAUGUUGCCACAGCAAAAGAUAAAGAAAAUGUGUUCCGUUCAGAUGUCACAUACUUAUGACAGAUACAAAAAGACGCGCCCUGGGUAUUUCCAUUACCUAUUGUAUCCACUUGUACCCAGAAUAUCUUUGUACAUCCUGCUCUUAACAGGCAGUUGUGGAAAGACAACAUGUGUGUCAUUUCGUUGUGUACACGUUGUUGUUUAACAUUUGCGAUCCGUACAUUAAACACACCACAUUAACCUAGUGGCAUGCUUAGCACUGUGCGUAACACUCCAGUAAUGAUGUGAUGCAAACUGCCCUUAUGGGUCAGUUUUUGGCGAAUACCAUCGUGUUUUGUCUCAUCCAAGCACUGUUGUGAGUUAUACUAACCUUGACAUGCACAGGUAACGAUGGCAAUCACGGUAGUUAGAAGGCGAGACACAUUCCAAGUGGAUGAUGUUAAGGCAAGGAGCUGCCUUGCAAAUCAGUAUGCUUGUUUUGAGCAGUCAGUAUUGCUUAAAGUUCUUCGGCCGUAAAGCUCCGGCGACAAGACCUCGAUAGGACUGGUAGAGUCCCCUUUAAAAAAUGUUACCAAAUAACUAAUACUAAUAAAGAUCAUCGGCAUGCUGGACCAAAAUUAAAAGGGAGAGCGAAAAAAUUGUUACUCUAGCUUGGGCAUUUCUUGUUGGCCUCUUUGAAAGUAAAACUAGUAUUGAUUCAUACUGUAGUCACAUACGCAAAGUCUUUCCCGUGAAAACCGUAAUUUGUAAUGAGUUCUAUGCCAUAGUUUUUUAUCUUCUGUUUCGAGCAUAUCUUUCUUAUUUUUGCUUUAUUUACAAAUGUGUGGCUUCUGCAAACGAAGUAAGCUAACAGCCAGAACGUGGAUGACGGCAGUCGAUGUCUCGGUGCUUUACGGUCGCUGAAAUUGAGUUUGUGAAAAGCACUUUGCUUUCUUUUCAUUCAUAUCCCUUAAGUAUGCUUUUAUAGGUUUUUAGAAUUGGCAGGGUCAGCAAGUCAUAAAUAUAUAUUUUAUGAAGUUUGUGUAUACCGUUUAAGCCAUUGAGGGUAACGGUGGAUCUAGUAGGUCGUUUUAUGUCUCACUUCGACGAUUUCAAACGGCACUGGUAUGUCGAGCGUCAUGCCUUGUAUAUCCCGCUUAACAGUUCUGUUUUACAAGUCUUUCUCUGCCAUAUUUUGAGGUGUGGUUUCUGUGUAUUAAGUAGUAAAAUUGCAGGCCUUUGCAUUAGAAGUACGGGUGAGAGCUUUAUGGACACAAGAAAUCAGAGUGUGAAUUAUGAGAAAGCUAUUUCAAUUUAUUUGAAUCCAUAUCCAGAAUAUGUGCACGUAGAUCUAUAGAACAAGUAAAGUGAUAAGUCUAUUUUCCCAAGUUUACCACUGUUGUUUACACCGUGAACAGUGUUGCUACUCGUCUACGUCACUCAGCCUUUUUCACACUAUACGAACCAAUAUAAAAAUCGAGACAUUGAAGAUUUGUUCGAGAGGAUAGAUGAAGCCAAAUGUGGACCAGGCUUCAAUAAGAGGGGCCAGAUAUGAGAUGUUAACCUUGUAACGAUCUUCUAGUUUGUAUGUUCUAUGACGCAGUGUCGUUCUUGACGGAACAGAGGAAUUGCAAAUGUGGCAAGCGAUGCGUUCUGUGUGAGGUACCCGAAUUUCUGCAUUUCCGUAUUUAUACUAGUGUAGAAGGAGCUUUCUCAUCAGUGUUUAUCUUAAAAUUUUCUUGGUGUUUGCGUUUUUACGCAUGUUUUCAGCCCUGUGAAAAACCAACCAAAUUAGCGAGCGAUCUGCGUAGCUCUCCGUAGCAAUGUCAUGACUUGUGUUGUUGGUCAUACGGCGUGUGUUCGGCUGCAUAAAAAGACACGCAUCUAAAUCCCAUGAAAAGCGCUGCCUCAUUUGAGCUGGCGCUGACCCAACCUUUGUAAAUGUUAGCUGCGGAACCAGAAAUGAUGUGAAGCCACUAGCUACGCAAAAGGGGCAACGCCCAUCCUAGGACACCCAUAAGCUGUCAAAUACAUACUGGAAGACGCCAUGAAACAACACUGAAACCGAAUGUUGACGUUGUGCUAUGUGUCUUCGCUGAAUGAGGAACGCCAUUCUAUGCGCAACAGUGUUUUCAGAACGAUUACGUCGCACAAGCUUCAAUAACUGCGCUGAGCGACAAUCGUACGAACAUUUCCUCAAGUUUUUGUGUCUAUGAUGAAUUGCUGUUGCGCUUGUCGUAUUAACUCGAGGAUACUUUUGGUUGGCUUACUAAAGACGCCCUUGUUGGUCCGCGUAACCAAUCCCAGCUCUGGGUUCAGUCUUGCCAAUGGUGAUAUCAUGUUCGUAAACUCGCCUCGUCGUUCAUAUGUGUUUUUGAAAGCGCUUCAAAUACUGAACAAAGCUUUUCCUAAGUGUUGACACUGCUUUUUGUAACCUUGGCGUUUUGCAACCCCGGUCGUGUGUGUUAUAGAGUUAAUGUGUUCGCGCCGCCCCGCUCGCACAAAGCACUACUUGUCUAGAGAAGGUACGUAAAGGAAAUGCCGAAAUGAAUGUUCCUCAAUGUCUUUCCUGAAAUCGUCAUGAAGCUUUCAGCUUUGCUUCUUCAGCCGCUAACUUCGUCUGCACGUGAUAAUUGUAGCAUCCUGAACAAUUAGCGCCCUGUUCAUCGAACCAAGCGGCCCAGCUCCUUGCUAUCGGCUACGUUUUCAGUGUUUUAUUUUGGGCGAACGUUUCAGAGAAAAUUGCCGCGCUUAGACAUUUGUACAGCAAAUAUUGGCUUAGGCUGCGGCAUUGAUGUUGCGGCAUCGAUGUUGCGGUCACUUGAGCAAUGAAGCACAGCAGCUGAUGGAAAAGAUGAUCAGAGGUGAGCGCCUCGGCUUGGGAUUUUACGAUUAAAUUCCGCACAGGAAUAUUCAAGGCCGGAUAACGCUAUAAUGCAAUUUGUAGCAACAGUUCCUUUUGUUGAAGCAUAAGAAUAGAGAAAAACACGAGGAGAAGUUUGUAGUGACAGUUCCGCCCCGUGCCAGCCGCUGCGAUGGAUGGUUUUGGUUGCCUGGAGUCGUUGUUAAAGGAACCUACCAACACACAGGACGGCGUGGCACCUGAGCUGUUGUAGCCGGCGCACGUCUUUCAACCAGCACUACAACCUGGAAGAGAAUGCUUGUGGAAAAUCCUGUGCCGUUUGCGCGCUCUUGCGGCACUGUCACAAGUACGCAGAAGUUAAACAUACGUGAUGGCGCGAUAACUGGUCACAAGCCCUGGACUGUUGGCGCUAUGAUUUAUUUUCUAGAAGUUUGUGAAAAUGGCUGUUACCUGUAACAAAGAGAAAACGGGGGCCCGGAAGUCGGUAGCUUUUGCUUCUGAUAUUGCAGCAUGUGAUCGCACAAUCACACACCGGUGAUUCGUAGGUUGUGCCCGAGUUAUGCGUUGAAGACAGACUGUUGAGAUGCUGUUGUUCAUCGUCGUGCAUAUGAACCGUAGUCCCAGAAAUUUGCUGAGUGCAUUUACCAACAAAAAAAGUGAGACAUGUGUGUCGGGACUUCGGCACGAGAUGUUACCGAUGGGCUUGUUAUUGGUGAUAACUGUUAAACCGUUUGGUGAAGGCAGAGUUUAAAUGAAAGCGCGAAUGUGCAUUGUGUACGUGACACUAACGUGUAAAUGUAUCAUAUAUGAAAACAUGGCGUGGCUCGCAUUUGAUCAAAUGUGAAUAAAGGAUGUUUUUGGAAAAUGCAAACAGGCGUGCUUGCGUAUUC